UAGAAGUUGCGAUGCUAAAAUGGACGCCAUGUGAAAAAUGCAUCGGCGACAGUAUCGAAAGAAAAAAUUAUUGUUACAAGCUUAAUCAAUGCUGGCUCAUUCUCUGCAGGACUAUCAUGCAUUAAUUGUUAUACUUAUAUACAUUGUUCGCAAUAUUGCAAAAUGACUCAGCCUACUACAAUUUAUUAAAUUAUACUCUGGAGGAAAUAGCCUAUUGUGCAUAUAACAGAUGAUAUAUAGAAAAUAAAAUAAUAUAAAUUUCUCCAACCGUUAAUUGAUACGAGUAACAUCGAAUUUUCAUUGAUAGAUGGCGUGAAUUUAGCCAGCUUUCAGUAUAAUUUUCAUACCUACGUUCGUGUCGUCUCUUGAUUCAAGUCCGCGAAAACUCAGUACUGUAGCCUGGCCGUGGCUCGGUAUUUUACCUCCUAUAUAUUCUCAGUUGGACUUCUGAGGCAAGCAUUAAUAUGAAUUCUUAGUUCGUACUUGAUGUGAUCCAAUGGAAUUUUUGAAUUGCUAAUUUUUGAAGAUAUAGAAUCAAUGUACACAUGUGAACUCGAGUGGAAUGGCAAAUAUCGAUCUGACGACAUCGUUCGCUUGACCGUAUCAUAGAUUCAAAACUUGAACUGUAAAAAAAUAUGUCCAGCAAUACUUUCUUCCUGAACGAGCCGGGCGUUCCGAGGGGGCCGAAUAUCGAAGUGCUGUCGAUCAGAAAUCCGAAAUUGUUUCAAGAGUACGUAAACAGACUGAAAGAGUCGGGCUGUCUCAACACGGAGGAGGAAUUCGGAGAGCUGCCGAUACUGACGGUUCUCAAAUGUCGAUCCUACGACAAAACGAAAAUGCUGAUCGACGCCGGCGCCGACAUUUAUCUGCGCAACAGCCGCGGCCGAAGCGCGCUCCAUUUCGUCGGCCAGCGCUUGACGAGCACCAGCAUUCUCAAGCUUUUCAUACAGAAAGUCAAGGAUGACUGCUUCGACAUCAAAGAGAAGAUCGCCGCAAGACUCGCCGAGGCUGACUGGUCUCUGCACCGUAUUAUCGAGGUGCGAGACGUGGAGGUGACCAGAUUCGCCUUUAGGCGCGGUUACAACAUCCAGCUCAUGACCAAGGCGGGCUUCAACGGCGCGACCCCGCUGCACGUGGCCGUGAGGAACGUCGACGUAGCCAACGUCAGGUACCUGCUCAGGUUCGGCUCGUUCGAAAAUGCCAGAGACAACCACGACAAAACGCCGCUGUCCUGCGUGUACGACUGCAACCAGGACAGGAUGGAGGACAGGUACAGGAUUCUGAGGAUGCUCCUCGCGCAAAAGUUGGAAAUAUUGGAGAAGCUGAGCGAUUUUGAGAGCCUGCUCAAGUACUGCGAUAGCAGGGGGAUGGAGAUGCUGCUGCAGCACGGCUUCGAUCUCGAAAUUACCGAUCAAAAGCUGAAUAACGCGCUGCACUUCCUGGCGAGAAACAAAAACCCGAGAGUGAUCGACCAGAUGCGCGGCUAUGGCUUGGACCCGAACGUGUGCAACUCCUCGGGGGUGACGCCCUUGAUGCACGCGGCGAACGUCGGCAACGUGCUCGCGCUCGACUUUCUGCUCGAGCAGGGCGCCAACACGGAGUUCGUCAAUCUUAAAGGUCACACGGCGCUGUUUUACGCCCUGGAGAAGUCGUCCGGCAGCGACGACGAGCGCAGGCGCUGCGUUUGCACGCUUCUGGAAUACGGCGCGAACCCACUCUACGACACGAACGACGGCCGCCCGACAAUCUUCGGCUUGCUUUCGCAGGAGUGCAACUACUGGGCAAUGCAGAUUGUACUGGCGCACCUUGCCUUCCAGCAAUUGAAAGGCACGCCCGUGCCCGAGCCCUUUCUCACCAGAAUCGAGUCCAAAGAUCGAUUCAGAAACUACUUUGAGCGCAGCAAGCAGCAUCUCAUCGGCAAGGUCCACGACACUUUGGACCUCUUCGACCUGUUGACCGUCACCGAGCCCAAGUUCCAGUGUUACAUGCGCUUCGACGGAUUCGUCUCCAAUGUUCAAGCUUGCAUAAACAAUACCUUUAUCUCCUACUAUUUUAGAGUCGUACUAAAAAAACGCUUAGUAAAAGCCAGUCAGAUUGCCUCGCUCAAAUCUGAAGCUAUUCACAUCGUCAGGAUUAUGAGAUUGGAUUAUAAAAUAUUUCCUCUCAUAGCUGACACGAUAAUUAACUAUUUGGACGAGCAGAGUUUAAGAAAUCUAAUAGACGCAUUUACAUCUGACGAUGAAUGUGAUGACCGUUAAAUAGACAACUAUCCUUUUAUUUGCGCAGCUUUAGUAUAAAUUACAUUUGAAAUAUGCAAUAAGACAAUAAUUACAUCAAUCAAAGUUUUAUAAGAACGAUGCGACGUGGAGUAUAGUCAAUUCCUAUUUUUAACUAUGUUCUGCUAAUCAGCUGUUUUUUCUGCAAAAUGAAAUUUGUAUCGUGUAUUUUAGUAAAAAAGUUGUAUUGUUCUGAUAAUUAUAUGGUCGAAAGUGUACAGUAAUUUUAAAGAAAUAAAAUAAAUCAACGAUAAA